AUGGCCAGGACCAAGCAGACCGCUCGUAAAUCCACCGGAGGGAAAGCUCCCCGCAAGCAGCUGGCUACCAAGGCCGCCAGGAAGAGCGCUCCCGCCACUGGCGGGGUGAAGAAGCCUCACCGCUACCGUCCAGGUACAGUGGCUCUCCGUGAGAUCCGCCGCUACCAGAAGUCCACUGAGCUGCUGAUCCGGAAGCUCCCCUUCCAGCGCCUGGUGAGGGAGAUCGCCCAGGACUUCAAGACCGAUCUUCGCUUCCAGAGCUCGGCGGUCAUGGCCCUGCAGGAGGCCAGCGAGGCUUAUCUGGUGGGACUCUUUGAGGACACCAAUCUGUGCGCCAUCCAUGCCAAGAGAGUCACCAUCAUGCCCAAAGACAUCCAGCUGGCCCGCAGGAUCCGUGGGGAGCGAGAAGAAAAAGGCUGCGGAGGGGAAACUGUUGGUGCCGAUCAGGGGGAUUCUAGUGAGGCUGAUGCGUCUGCUCCAGCGCCCAAGAAAGGCUCCAAGAAAGCCGUGACCAAGACUCAGAAGAAGGACGGCAAGAAGCGAAGGAAGACCAGGAAGGAAAGCUAUGCCAUCUACGUGUACAAGGUGCUCAAGCAGGUCCACCCUGACACCGGCAUCUCCUCCAAGGCCAUGGGCAUCAUGAACUCCUUUGUGAAUGAUAUCUUCGAGCGCAUCGCAGGGGAAGCCUCCCGCCUGGCUCACUACAACAAGCGCUCCACCAUCACCUCCCGGGAGAUCCAGACCGCCGUGCGCCUGCUGCUGCCUGGAGAGCUGGCCAAGCACGCCGUGUCCGAGGGCACCAAGGCCGUCACCAAGUACACCAGCGCCAAAAUCAUGGCCAGGACCAAGCAGACCGCUCGUAAAUCCACCGGAGGGAAAGCUCCCCGCAAGCAGCUGGCUACCAAGGCCGCCAGGAAGAGCGCUCCCGCCACUGGCGGGGUGAAGAAGCCUCACCGCUACCGUCCAGGUACAGUGGCUCUCCGUGAGAUCCGCCGCUACCAGAAGUCCACUGAGCUGCUGAUCCGGAAGCUCCCCUUCCAGCGCCUGGUGAGGGAGAUCGCCCAGGACUUCAAGACCGAUCUUCGCUUCCAGAGCUCGGCGGUCAUGGCCCUGCAGGAGGCCAGCGAGGCUUAUCUGGUGGGACUCUUUGAGGACACCAAUCUGUGCGCCAUCCAUGCCAAGAGAGUCACCAUCAUGCCCAAAGACAUCCAGCUGGCCCGCAGGAUCCGUGGGGAGCGAGCUUAG